CGUUUGAAUGAAUCAGAAACUUUAUGAAGCGCGGCAGCAGUUUUCUUUCCAUAAAAUCGUGCAAAACAAAAAGCCGAGUUGAUAACAAUGUCAUUUGCACUUUCUUUUAAACAUUUUGCGGACUAAAACGAUUCGCAGUCGAGAAUUACUUUUCAUUUGCUCAUUCAGUUUUGGAAUUAGAAAAUGUGUUCGCUCAUCAAAAACGUAGUUUUAAUAAUUGCUGUAACACUACUCGCAGUUUAUCAAGUUUCAGCCAUCAAAUGUUUCAAAUGUUCUAACGAAAAUGAGUGCGAAAAACCCGAUUUUGUCGAAUGUAAUGCGAAGGAAGUAAAGGAAACGUCGAUGGCCUUUUCCUUCCUACCUAAAUCUCAAUCUCAAGUCGAAUCGACAGCGUUUAAUUGUGCCGCAUACCAUGCUACUUUGAGUAAUUCUUCCAGUAUAAGUUUGUCAGGAUGUUUUUAUAAUACAUACAAUCCGUGCGAAGACAUCCAUACGAUACCAGCACAAAAAUGGACAUGCAAAUACUGCGAUACAAGGGAUGGAUGCAAUCCGGCAUCGAAAAAUCUGGAAAACGUUUUGCUCAUUGGAAUAUUUUCAAUUUUCGUAAUUUAUCUGCAGAAAUUGUAUUGAAUAUUAAAUUCAAAUUUUUUUUAGAAAUUAUUUACGAAUACGAUGGUGAAUGGCGGUGACAAACAGUGGAUGUCUACACUGCCUACACACCGUUGUGAUUUCAUGUAUUCACAAUUUUUUUUUGUAAAAUUUCCUAAAUAGAGCACAUUGUAACCAUCCAUCAUGUUUUGCAUAAAAAUAAAUAAAAUUUACAAGAAAAAAGACA